AUGCCUUCUACGAUAGACUCAUUGUCUGCUCGUGAAGUAGCUGACAUUCAUUACAUUUACGGGUUUUGUGAUGGCAACGCUCGCGCCGCCUCUCGAGAGUAUCGUCAGCGAUUCCCGACAAGACCUGCCGUUGACUACAGGGUUUUUUUAGCAGUACAUCGAGAAUUAAAUGAAAAUGGACUGUAUCGCCCACAUCGUGAACGUGCUCCUACUGUACCAUUGGAUGUGGAUGAACAUGUAUCACUGACGAAACGACCUUUAAAUCUCAACGACAUAGUUGAUGCAUUACACAAUAUAGAUUCUGAUGACGAUCUGCCCAGUGAAAUUACCAUUUUUCCACCGGAAGAUCCAAAUAACGAAAUAACAGACGAAGAUUCUGGUUCCCAGCUAAGAGCUCCAGCAGAGAUUACUUAUGAUGAUACGUUUUCAGACAGUGACGAUUCUGAAAAUGAUUUAUCUUUGUCUGUGUUAGCAAAAAGAAUUCGCAAUGCCAAUGAAUGCUUGCCAGAACAUUUGGAUCAACAGAUAUCUUCUACUUCUUGCUCCACUCCAUCUAUAAGCUGUUCAUCGAGGAACGUCACUCUUAUUGUAAGCAAAACUCAACAGUAUACGUGGCGCAACAGGCACAAUUCAAGUGAAUUUACACAGUAG